AUGGCGGCGGGCGGCGGCGGUGGCGGGCGGCGCGGGGCGCUGCGGCUGCUGAUGCGGGCCGGGUCGGUGCUGCUCACGCGCUUCCCGUUCUGGCACUGCUUCAGCGGCCUCCUCCUCAACGCCGAGCGCGCCGAGCACCGCAGGAAACCAGACAUCCCGGUCCCAUAUCUCUACUUUGACAUGGGAGCCGCUGUCCUGUGUGCCAGCUUCAUGUCCUUUGGGGUGAAGCGCAGGUGGUUUGCCCUGGGGGCUGCCCUACAGCUGGCUGUCAGUACGUACGCAGCGUAUCUUGGGGCCUAUGCGCAUUAUGGAGAUUGGGUGAAGGUUAGGAUGUAUUCGCGGACGAUAGCCAUUAUCGGCGGCUUCUUGGUCUUGGCGAGCGGAGCCGGAGAGAUCUACCGCCAGAAACCCCGGAACAGGUCGCUGCAGUCCACGGGGCAGGUUUUCAUUGGCAUCUACCUCAUUUGUGUGGCCUACUCCCUUCAGCACAGCAAGGAAGACCGCCUGGCCUACCUCAGCGGCAUCCCUGGCGGGGAAAUCGCCUUACAGCUUCUCUUUGUCCUCUACGGCAUCCUGGCCCUCUCCUUCCUCUCCGGUUAUUACAUCACUCUGGCUGCCCAGAUCCUGUCAGUCAUCCUUCCGCUGGUAGUCCUCUUCAUCGACGGCAACUUGGGCUAUUGGCACGACUCCCGACGAGUUGAGUUCUGGAACCAGAUGAAGCUGAUUGGGCAGAACGUUGGCAUUUUUGGGGCUUCCGUAAUUUUGGCCACUGAUGGCUGA